AUGCGUUCCAACAGCAUCUCCUCCAUCUCCUCCUCCCGCGCAUCGUCCGCGGAGCCCGAGUCCACCAUGCAAAUCUUCGUCAAAAACGUAGCAGGCGACACCUUCCCCCUCACCCUCCCAGCCUCCACCUCCGUCGGCACCCUCCUCUCCCUCCUCGCCCUCCGCACCCCCGGCAUCCCCGAAUCCUCCCUCCGCCUCGUCUUCGCCGGAAAACACCUCACUUCCCCCACCGCCUCCCUGACAUCCUACAACAUCACGCGAGAGUCAACCCUACACCUCGCGCUGCCGAUCCGCGGCGGCGCACCGAAGAAGAUUAGGUGUAAUGCGAAAGAGUGCAAGGAUGCGGCGCAGAGGAUUGUGGGCGACUGUGGGUUCUGUAAAGGCCAGUUUUGUGGGAAACAUCGGAUGUUGGAGAGUCAUAACUGUAGUGGAUUGGAGGAUUGUAAGCAGGAGGAGAAGGAGAGGAAUCGGGCGAAGUUGGAGAGUGAGAGGACGGUUGCUAUUAAGGGGAUUUAG